ACUGAAUCACUCUUGCACACUCCCGCCUGGCCCCUCCCUGCACCUCAUAUCUAAUCCUGAGCACAUGUGUGGAGCCAGACGCAGACAGCAGUGGAAGAGAGAGGUCAAAACAAGCUGGACACAGACUAUCCUUAGACUCUUUUUGGCUUUCAGACAGAACUGACCUGGGCAACAGCAAAAAGGAAAACGCGAUCAGAAUACUCUCGUGGACCACCAGAUUUUUGGAUUUGGGUCAAAGGCCGUCUGACGGUUGCGCUUUGUGCACCCUUGUUCGUAACUCCACAGAGAGAGUCGAAGCUGACAUGUGUACGGGGAAGUGUUCCCGCUUCAUCGGAGCGUCGCUGUACCCCUUGGCGCUCACCUCGAUCAUCUGCAACAUUCUCCUUUUCUUCCCGGGCUGGGACGUCCAGUAUGCCAAAGAUGGACACAUCACAGAGGAGGUCAAGUACAUGGGAGGCCUCAUCGGCGGUGGCAUCAUGGUGUUAGUACCAGCAAUACACAUUCAUCUGACAGGAAAGCAAGGCUGUUGUGCUAACCGUUGUGGGAUGUUCCUGUCAAUUGCAUUUGCUGCUGUUGGAGUAGCUGGCGCCCUCUACAGUUUCGCCGUGGCCAUGUCCGGUUUAGUCAAUGGGCCAUUGUGUAGAGUAGGAUUAAUCUGGAUGACUCCUUUUAAAGACAAGGAGAACAGCUACCUUCAUAACCAGAACACGUGGUUCCUGUGCACUUCACCUGAUAAUGUGAUCCAGUUCAACAUAGCCCUGUUCAGCACUCUGGCAGCAGUGGGCGCCGUGGAGACCAUUCUGUGCUCCAUCCAGAUGAUCAAUGGCCUCUUCGGUUGCCUGUGUGGCACCUGCAAAUCCAAAGAGACUUAUUGACUUGCGCCCUCUAGUGGCAGACAACAUCAGCAUCAAGUUCUUACAUUCUUCAAACUGCAAAGGGGCCACCUGGAAGACAAUAUGUGGCAAUCUACUGUAAAAGCUUUUAUAUUACACAGUUGUUAAUUGGGGGUGAGGGUUAUCUAUGUGAAUACUAUGUGAUUAUUUGUGCCAUGUACAGUUUCUAUAGAUUAAAACAUGUUAAACGUUAAUAUGCACUAUACUGUUGAUCAUUGUGUUUGUACGUAACAAUAGGUAAAACUAUUUGUACAAGUGUAGAGUCAAUAAAUGUUAUUUUCAACACUU